AUGGACUGGAUUCAUUGUAAUAACUGCUACGCUCAAUUAGCCCCUGGAACGACCUUACAUUUAACAUCAUGUGGUCACAUGUUUUGUAACAAUUGCUUAGAGAAAGGCGGUACAGAAAGUACAUGUUUAAUAUGCCGAGCGCCGUGUUCCGUCAUGAAACUCGUUCCCGACAUGAAACAGGAGGUUCAAGAUUACUUCACCGAUCCUGAGGAAUUAAUUAAAAAGUCCUGUGAGGUGUUACAAUUUCAGAGGCAACACAGACGGCGGUUGUUAUCUUAUUUAUUGCAAUCUACAAAGAAAUUCUACACUGCACGAAAUGAGCUGAAACGCAUGACAGAGUUAUGUCAGAAGCAACACCACCAAUUGAAGGAGUAUCAGAGAACUAUUCGCAGUUUGGAAGCACAGCUCGCCAACCAAUCAAAGCAAAUAUCUCCGUUCAACAUCCCCAUAUCGCCUGGGACCAACAUAUCGCCGAGUUUCGUGCAGUCUACACCUACUUGUAAGAGAAAUGCUAAGAGCACACCGUUUUCCGUUCAGCAGUAUCAGUCGAACCUCGUUACACCGACACGGAUAAGUAAACAGAGGUCUGCAAAUAUUAGCGGUCAUAGCCAGCGUUCAAACACCUCCAACAAGAUUUCGUCCACAGUCUUCACUCCACCGACUCCAGAGUCAGCAGGGUACUCCAACUUUUUAAAGAGCCUCUAA